ACGCAGCGUUAAUUGAGAUCCUACACCUUCGUCGAGUCAAGGUAUCGAUUUGUCCUACCUCAAACGCGAACGCAGGAUUGUCCUCGGCGAUAAAAGGGUGGAUAAAACAGCCCACAGGGGGAAAUCUCCAGGAAUAGGCAAAAAUGCCAAUGGUCAUGCAUUAUUCUGGACGGUCACCAUGCGCGAACAGGAUCAUCGCCGUAGCCUCCAACCUACUGACUAACCAGUGCAUUGCCAGUGCAGCUUCCGGGAUCCCCAGGACCACAACCAUGACUGCCUGGGUAGGAACACAGGGGGGUGGACACUGGAAACCCUUAGUGCGCAUGCGGCACACCUGGAUUCCGGGAAUUAGAACACUGCAUGGGCGUGUCGGUAGUAGUUCCAUCGCCCUGGCGGUGGUUGACUCAUCAGCAUCCAGCCAAUUCUCGUCAUCCAUCAAAUCAUCCAACCGUCAAGGAUGUGACACAUCGCUCGUCGUUGUCGGCAAGGCAACCACACAUGCAGGAGCCCAUCCACCUAAGAGGGAAAGGUGGACAGCUGUUACAGGGCUAAUGCACGAAAAGUACCUCCAUCGCCGACUAGGAACACCUCCCCGCGGCACCAGAGAGCUCCGAUAACACAAGUCAGCUGAGAUGAAACAGCCAGUGUGAUAUGUGGCGGUGACCACCGAUCGAUCUUCGAUGGCUAGCAUUCCUUGUACUGUUAGCCACAAUAAUCAUCGAACGAGCGGGCCUCACAGCCCACUGUGUAUACGCCCAACGGCUUUUUUUCUCGAG